UCUAUUACAUAGUAUCUGUCUGUCCAUUAUUACUACAAAUAAUAUCCAUCAUCAUUUUCUAGAUACUCUAUACUAAUGGAAAAAAAAAAAAAAGAAAUGUUAUGUUGUUCCUGCAAUAAAUGAGGAAACGCAAAUCGUGACUCCUCUUAAUGUUUCCUCCUGCAAACACAAUCACAUGUCCACAUGUAAGCCGCACUUCUAUACGCUGGAAGUCUGCCUCCUACUUUUCCAAUUGGAACAUCCCUGCUGAUUGACAACCUCUCCUUUAUGGAUGAGACUAAAUUCAGCAUGAAAGACACAUUUUGUAUUGCUGGGUCACUAUUUGGUGAGUUGUACGCUACAUCCACUGUACUGUACAGUAUUUGUACAAUGCCCUGAUUCUGAACAUAUCUUGCAGGAUCUGCAGGACAACAAGGUACAUUGUUAUUUCUUUUUGUCCUAGUAAUGUUUUGCUUUAUCCUUCAGUUAUGUAUUCAUGUCUCUGGCAGAAUGUGGAUCUUGUUAUCUCAUCAGUAUGCAGUCCGUCAUAGGCAUUAUUGCCUCUGACCUCCUGUUGACUGUCUUCAUCGCUGUUUCUCUCUUCUACUUGCUGACCGUCCACAAGAAAAGGACAGAGCAAGCUGCAAAAAUACAUGUACGAGAACCAGAAGAAAUAACAGAAUCUCCCUAUCAGGAGUUACAUGGAAUCCAGUCAGAUGUGUAUAGUGAACUUCAACACCUCAGGAAAUAAAACCAGGUCUCGUCUCCAAACUGGCCUGGUCCACCGUUUCUCUGCUCGGGGCCAACGAGCGCAACCCUUCAGCAGAUGCUUUCCCCUGGAGACUGCUGCCUUGGACGGACGCUAUGCUUGACAUGUUGACACCAUCA